AAGGAAGUGCCAGACCACAGAGUUACAGGCACUCUCAAAGACACUAACGUCUUGAAAAAGCUUGUCCACCUGAGCAGUGACUUCUGUGGUGCCUUGAAAACAGGGACAGAUCACGACGGUUGUCUUGAGAGAGCAGGCUCUGACGGGAGCGAGACUGCCCAGGAUGUCCAGCUGCCUGCCAAAACUGACCACGGCGGUGCUGAGCCACAGGCUCAGGGCUCUGUUUAUCCUCACCAUUUCUUUUGUGUUCUUUGCCUCUGUCAUGUUCCACUGGAGAACUGGGGAGGACGCUGAGGGCCAGCUCUACAGCUUGCCUACACAAAGCAGGUGUGAACAGUUUUUGCCGCCUUCUCCCCACACCGUUGCUGGUGGGCCCCCUCAUUCCUCAGGGGAUGUGUUUUUUGUGGAGACCUCUGAGCGAACUAACCCAAGUUACCUGUUCACAUGCUCUGUGGAGUCAGCGGCCAGGACGCACCCUGGGACAAGGGUCAUGGUGCUCAUGAAAGGUUUGGCAAAUGGGAACGCCUCCUUACCCAACCACUGGGCAUUCUCAUUGCUGAGAUGCUUCCCCAAUGUGGAAAUCCGGCCCCUAGACUUACCAGAGCUUUUCUCAGGGACGCCUCUGGCAAAGUGGUACCUGCAGUCUGAGCACCAGAAGGAACGGUAUUUCUUACCUGUCCUGUCUGACGCCUGCAGAAUUACCAUCAUGUGGAAAUUUGGUGGCAUCUACCUGGACACAGACUUCAUUGUGCUUAAGAACUUAAAGAACCUCACCAAUGCCCUUGGUCUCCAGUCUCAGGAUGUACUGAACGGGGCCUUUCUGUCCUUUACACCCAAGCAUGAGUUCAUGGAGCUUUGCAUGCAGGACUUUGUGGAUAACUACAAUGGCUGGAUCUGGGGACAUCAGGGCCCACAGCUCUUAACGCGUGUCUUCAAGAAGUGGUGCUCCAUCAAGAAUAUCCAGAACAACAUGAGCUGCAAAGGGGUGCGUGCUCUUUCCCCAGAAGCCGUUUAUCCUAUUCGCUGGGAGGACUGGAAGAAGUUAUUUGAAACAAUCAGCUCCUCAGAGCUUCACAAGCUCCUUAAGAACACCUACGCGGUGCACGUGUGGAACAAACUGAGCCACGGGACAAGGCUAGAGAUCACAUCCCAGGCUUUGCUGGCUCAGCUGUAUUCUCAGUUCUGCCCUGCCACAUAUGCGAAGAUGAAGGAGGACUCUGAAGAGCAGUCAAGGCCUGCAAUGUGACCUGGGGGCCCUUGGCUGCAGGGAAGUUCCCCGACCUGAGGGAAACUGAGUGCAAUUCACCUUCCACAGACUUGAUUUCUGGCCUAGGAGCAGGUAUUCUGGCUGAUGGCUCAGUGAUUUUGUACCAUUUCCGAAAUCUGCCUCGGAUCCCACGUGCUUCAAAUGUACACCAGAACCUGCUUUUGGCCUCUCUUGUUGUCCUUCAGUAGCCCUUGAUGCUGCAGGGCAGGGUGAACUUGUUCAUCGGUGCCUAUCAGUUGCUCCUCUGUUGCUGUUCUCUCAAUUGCUCCUCCUGUGUAUCAGGCCCGAAAGGCCUCUCCUGUAGUUUCAGCAGCUGUAGAAACCCUUACCUUGCUCUCUGUAACGUUUCUAAGCGUGUAAAUAAGUGCCAGCCACUGCUAUAGGCCACGGUUUAUCGGCACUUAGGACCAAAUUCCCUGAGUGGUGAAGAUUCUUACAGCUGGCGAAGUUUUGGGAGGGACUGGGAGUAUCUGAAAAUUGCUUUAAGAAACAGAAAACAUUUUAAAUCCCUGCAUGGCUCAGUGUUUUUCUUGUUUUCCAAAGGUACUUUGUUUCAAAUGAUCUUUCCUACUGUUUUGCAUUCCACAGCGAUAGACCCACUUUUCUGCUCCCCUUCAGGAAAAGAAAUAGCCAAAAGCAGUUCUUUUACCAGCGUGGCAAAAUGCGACAGGUAUUGAGAACAAUACUCUCCUGCAGCAUCACCGCGUGGAAGUAGAAGUGUCCUUGUCUGCAACACACCUGAGUAACAUGUUCAAGAUAGCACUGCUGGUAAAACAGUUGGUAGGCUGCCAGUGAUUAGAGGGUAUUUCCUUGGGGUUUAUUUCCCUCUAGCUGUUAUAUGUGACAGUAAGAUAAUAAGCAACCCUUAGUAAUGCAACUCAAGUUUAACUUACACCAACCCUUUUUCCUCGCAUCCAGAGUCACGCAUUUUAUGACGAAAUCAUUCACUCUGGUAGGUACUUGUAUGUGAAUUCUGAGAAAUGAUCCUGUCGUCUUUGUCUGGAGUGUGGUUGUACACCUUUUCUUAAUCUUCUGUAUUUGCUUGAUAUGGAAGGGUUCUUGCAUAGAAGUAUUUCCAUCAAAGGCUAGGAUUAGCCUGGGAAAGACCACGCUGCGCAAAGAUGCAGCAUGCUCAGAUGUGCAGCUUGUCACGCGUUUCUUGUAACUCUCACUUCAGACUGGAUACCAGCAGCACUAUAGUGAAAUACCGACAUCUUUAUACGGUGAUUUGGCAUCGUUCUGAUGUGGAAAACUGUUCAGUCAGUAAUGGUAUGAUACCUUGAUGUAUGUCUGAAUUCCUUUUUCUCUGCCAUUACUCUGCACUUGCUGUUUCUUCACUGCAUAGAAAUCCCACUGCACUUUACCAGCUAUACAUGUGGGCAACUCCACUCCCAAAUGUGUUGCCAGCCUAGUAGGACUAACAUCAGCACAUGGAUGCAUCUCAGUGGUGAAUGUAAGCAGAACCAGCUGGUGGCUUUCUAGAUGCAGGGAUUUUUUUCUUCUUUUAACAACCACUUGUUUUUUCAACCUAAGAAGCCCCUCUCAGAAAUAUCCUUGUGUUUUAUUGUACAAUUGAUGGAACCCCGGAGGGCAUAACCAGUGGGAAUAUUUCUUGCUUAAAAGAUUCCCUUCAGAAGCAAGUGAAUAGAAAACACAUUGUGGCUAGGCUAAUCAUUUCAGCCAGGUGAGUUUCUUAAUUAAGUUCACAGCACAGCUGCAUCACCCAGCUCCCCUUCCCUGUACUAGACACAAAGCCUUCCCACUAGGUGCUGCUUCCAUCUGCUUCUUUCUUUCCUGCAUUCAGCAGCUCGCUGCCCAUGCUACUCCAUCACAGCAAGCUGUGCAGCUGACUGGUGGUAUUAGUAGGCAACACGAUAAACCCUCCACCAUCUUUACAUUGGUUUUUCAUCUACAGAGAAACACAAUGGAAGGAAACUUCUCCUUGGGCUGUAAAAGAAUCCAAGUAUAACCUCUGUAUGAGGUGGCUGUUAGAUUGAAGGGUCUGGCUGUGCAACUGGUGAUUCUUUUUUCAAGAGGGAAAAAUGAAAAAGCAGUGCUUCUGCUUGUGGUCAGCAAACCUGUGCCAGCUGGGCUGUAUGGGGAAUCAGGUUCAUAGGGGGAGGGAGUUGUAGAAGAUGCAGGGGCACAGGAAGCCAUGAGAGCAACUUGGAAGGUUUUUCUGAGGAGGAGGAGACCCGAGGGCCUCAGACUGGUGCUGUUUGUAGGAAGUGCCUGAGAAUAAAAAGCCCAAACUUGGGUUUCCCGUAUCCUUGCCUCUGGCACAGCCGGCUGCGGCCUUUUGGAUGCUUCCCAUGGCACGAUAGUGUCUGGUCACGACGGGAAGGACGAGGGAGGUAAGUCAGCACCGGCAUGGCAACCACAACCGACGAGGAAGCAGGAAAAAGGCAGGGUAGUCUCACCUGUUGGCUGGUGAGUUCCUGCAGCCUGCCUGGCCAUGGGAGGGCCACGGCCAGCCAGGGCUGUCAUGGAGAGGAGGAGCCGGGACAGGGGAUGGCAGUGGGGGGCGGCUGAGGUGCUGGUGGGGAGGGUCAGGACGUGCCAGCUGUCCGCUGGAGUUGCCUUCAGCUGGAGAGGUGCUGAGGCGGGCACCCACAUGGCAGCAGGGGCCCCGCUGCCAUCUUCCCCCAUAGAGGAUAGCAGUUUGCCAGUCCCUCCUUGAGCUCCUCCUCAGCUUUCUCUAAAUGGGGCAAAUUAGGGCAGGGCUGGGCUGGCGCUCACCCUCCCCUCCCCUCCCCGCUCCUGCUGCUAGAGCCACACAGGCCCCGCAGCCCCUGGGCAUGUGCCAGGGCAGUGCCCCACCACCAUGGCCGGGCUGGGGUCUGCCCCUGAGGUGGUGGCACCGCCAUGGCGUGACCUUCUGGAAGGCUCCAUGCGGCCAGGCGCUGCGUCCCCCCUUCUGGGCACUGCUGGGGGAAAAGAGCGGAUUUGGGGUGGGCUGUGCCUCAUUCCCCCUGCUUCUGGGCUGGGUAGGAAUAACUCGUCUCUGGGAGAAACAUCUUGUGCUCCUGUGGGCCUGUGUCCCUUCCCUCCUUCUGCCUCCCCAGCCCUUUGCUCUUGUGGCGUAGAGCAGUGUAGCUACAGCUGUGUCGGCAAGAGCUGUCCCAGCGUGUUCUGCUACCGUGGCCAAAUCCUGCCCCUUCUCUUAUGGAAAUUUAGGCAGUUUGCGGGGUCAGAGAUUAGAGGGUAUUUCCUUGGUGUUUUUUCUGGU